AUGGAGGUUGUGCUUGGGGCACUACCGAGCCUCCUCCCCAAGCUCGGUCAGCUGCUUGCCGACGAGUACAACCUGCAAAAGGAGGUCAAGGGAGGGAUUAUUUUCCUCCAAGCUGAGCUUGAGAGCAUGAAGGCAGCCCUUGAGGAUAUCUCCAAGACCCCAUCUGACCAGCUUCCUAGUGGGGAUAAGAUUUGGGCCAGGAAUGUAAGAGAGUUGUCCUAUGACAUAGAGGACAAUAUCGACACAUUCAUGGUGCAAGUCAAGGGCCAUGAGCCGGCCAAGAAGCAUGGCUUCAAGAAGUUCAUUGACAAGACCCUUGGUUCCCUGAUGCAGCCCAAGAUUCGCCGUAAGAUUGCUGUUGACAUCAGAGAAAUCAAGAGUCGUGUCACAGAGGUGCAUGAUCGGCGCCGCAGGUACAAGAUUAACCACCAAGCUGAAAAGCCUGUCACAGUUGAUCCCCUUGCAAUGGUUGCAAUGGUUCGUUAUAAGAAUCCGACCGAGCUAGUUGGCAUUGAGGAGUCAAGGGAUGAAGUAAUCAAGAUUCUGACAGAAGUCAAUGAAACGUCCAAGGAGCAAAAUAAGAUAGUUUCCAUUGUGGGAUUUGGUGGUUUAGGAAAGACAACUCUAGCUAAUGUUGUGUUUGAGAAGCUUAGAACACAGUUUGAUUGCUCAGCUUUUGUAUCAGUGUCUCAAACUCCUGAUAUGGGUACACUAUUCAAUAACAUGUUCUAUCAACUCGCUCACAAGAAAACUGAUAGUAUUGAUAUCAUCGACGAACUAAGAAAAUUCCUUCAGGAUAAGAGGUAUGGAUAUAUCAUAAAAACUAGUUAUUAA